AUGUCUCCUGGGGAAGAGGCCAGGGCCCUCGAACUAGGACCUCUCAUCUCGUUCUUCCAUUCGCGUUGCGGUCACCGCCAUCGCCGCUUUGCGUGUCAAUCACGACCAUACACACGCACGGAGAGAGCCAUGCGCAUCGCUGCCAUUGCCCCUCUGCUCGGCCCGAUAUGGAUACGCCCCUCUCGCCCCUCUAACCGCCCUAACUCACCGCGCGGGAUUUUUUCAAAUAAGGCAACAUGGCACGGGGGAGAUACAGGUUGCGUAGGAGGAACGGACGACGGACGGAACGGACGGAGGACGGAGGACGGACGGGACGGAGACGUCAGACACGGACACGACAGACAAACGGACAUUUUGACCAGGUGCGCGGAGGGAGUGGGGGCGGCGGCGGAGGCUAAACGCGAACGGCUCAGGCAGACGGCGCUAGACUGCGGUUUAAUUACGUCCGCAACCUCGUACACAAGCCACGCGGGUGGCGGGCGGGCGGGCGGCGGGGGCUCCGAAGGGUUUGUAAACACGCAGGGCGCAGCGAGCGCGUGCGUCACAGGACGACUCAGUGCCGCCUCGUGUUGACCGUCAUCGUUCUUUUAUGUAGUUCUUCGUUUGCUUCCUUUGCUUCCUUUGCUGGCAAUCUUAUUCUUGAGCUUGAGCUUUUCAUGUUACAAGUUUUAAAGUGUGUUGAUAAGAUAUUGUUUCAAGCAAACUUGUUUUACACUUUCUGAGAUCUACUAAGUUUUGUUUUUAAUAACUUACCAAAUUCUCUGAAGUUGACAAAACAUUGUUCUUGGAUGACAAAACUUCAAACAAGAGUAAUAAAUAUU